ACUAAUGACUGCAACUAAGAAAGACUACAAUGUUUCUGUUGCCAAUUCACGAGAAGUUAACAAUCAUCAACACAUGGAAGAAGAGGAAGAGGAGGAAGUGGAAGUCUCGAUGCCAGAGCCACCUGACGGCGGAUGGGGAUGGGUGAUAGUAUUUUGUUCUUUCAUGAUUCACGUUAUAGUAGAUGGCGUUACCUACACAUUCGGUAUUUUCCAUGUAGAAUUUCUAAAAUACUUUGGUGAAAGUAAUCAAGCAACAUCUUGGGUGGCAUCGAUUAUGGUUGGAACAACUUUCUGCGUAGGUCCAUUUGCAAGUGGAUUGACAAACCAGUUUGGAUGUAGAACUGUGACAAUUGUAGGGGCAUUACUUGCUUGUUUUGGCUUAAUUGUAAGCACAUUCGCACCAAACAUCACAUUCCUAUAUUUCAGUAUAGGAUUAUGCACAGGUACUGGCUUUGGACUGAUGUAUUUACCAGCCAUUGUCUGCGUAACUUGCUAUUUCGAGAAAAAAAGAGCAUUUGCGACUGGAAUCGCUGUCUGUGGCUCUGGUAUUGGGACAUCCCUCUUGGCUCCAAUCACGGAAUGGCUGGUGAGUUCUUUGGGGUGGAAAGGUGCAAUGCUGGUCACUGCUGGCUUCGUUCUGAACUGCUGCGUUUUUGGCUGUUUGUUCAGACCUCUGACUGAGAAAAAGACAGUAGUGAGAAGGAUGACACAUGCUUCCAUCUCAUCGAAUCUUCCAUGCAAUGGAAAUGGCUUCCUGAGGAAAGGAUCACUUCCAAAUGGUACAAUUGGAACUAAUGGAGAAAUUUGCCUGUUACCAUUAAAAGGUGAAAACUAUAGACAGCAUUCUUCAUCACUGCUUGGUAUCAAUAAUCAAACAAGGAAUUCACCGAGCAAUCAAGAGAUUCGCAAUGCUACUUCCAUGACGCUCAGCUGUGGAACAAACUCAUCAAGACGGUCUUCCUUACGCUUGAGAACAGCUCCGUUAGCCAGAAAAGACAUUUUUUACAGUGGAAAUAUUCCACAGAACUCUAAUCUCUACCUGUACAACAUGCAAGUGGAUGAAGAAACUAAAAAUGCCAUCAAAGGGCAAGAAACCCUUUGGACUCGUGUUCUUGCAAAACUGUGGCCAACAUCCAUGAGAGAUGCUUUCAAAGAAAUGAUGAACUUUAAACUCAUGGGUGACAUCAUUUUCCUCAUGUUUGGCUUUUCGAAUUUUUUUACAAAUAUUGGAUUUAAUGUUCCAUUUGUGUACAUAAAAGACAGAGCGAUUGGCAUGAAUAUUGCUGAUGAUGUACAUGCGAGUUACUUGUUGUCGGUAAUUGGUAUUGCCAAUACUAUUGGCAGAGUCAUAUUAGGUUAUAUGUCUGAUCGUAGCUGUAUCAACCGCCUUUGGCUGUACAAUGCAAGUCUUACUCUCUGCGGACUAUCUACAGCUCUCAGUUCAUUUUGCACAUCUUAUUAUCCAAUGGCUCUAUAUUCAGCAGUCUUUGGUGCAACUGCAGGGGCUUAUGUAAGCUUGACUUCGGUUAUCUUAGUGGAUCUUUUGGGCCUGGAAAAAUUGACCAAUGCCUUCGGAUUGUUAUUACUUUUUGAAGGAGUUGCUUGUUUAAUUGGACCACCCAUCACAGGUUGGCUUUAUGAUUAUACUGGCUCUUAUGACCCAGGAUUCUAUGUAUCAGGCUCUAUGAUUGCAAUCAGUGGCAUCAUGCUAUUCUUCAUCCCAUGUGUCGAAAAGUGCGCCAAGAAUAAAAACAAAGAUGAAUCUGGAGUGGAAAUUAAGUUUUCACCAACUAGCCCCGUAAAUUCUUCCUCAUCAAAACAAGAAGUUUGAAGCGGAAAUGCGUACAAUCAAAAAUGAUUACAAUUCAGAAGGAACAAAAUCGCUUUUUUUUGCCAGGAAAGAUUAUAAGAUGGCAUAUUUUAAGUUAUUCCGUGAGAACAUGACGAAAAGGUCAUGUUAUAUUUAUUUUGAAUCACAGCUCAAACACAAAGAAACAGUUCGGCGGCAAUCAUGCUACUUUAAAAAAAUGUAAGAUUGUAAUUACCUUACGAAUAAUGAUUGUAUCUCAACGUGUGACAUAACCUUUGAAGCACCAACAUGUCAUUUCUGACACUAUCACAUAUCAUUACAGAUAUUGAAGUUAUUACAGAAGAAAUUUAUUGCUCAGCCCUUACCUCAGAUAUCUUAUUCCAAUGGUUACCUAGAAAUACUCUGCUAUAAUGUACCUACGCCUUUCAACAAUUAAGAAAUGUGCCUUCUGUGGAUAAAUAUAGCGAUUAUUUUGUUUAAAAUUCUAACAUGAUAGUUUACUUCAAAAUAUAUAAAGCAUAAUUUUAUAGAUAUAGAAAUCUUUGAAAUUUCCAUGAAAUUGAGAUGUUUAAAUCGCAAACACACAAUUUAAGUCUGUGUGUAUUUAUGUAAACAUUUAUGCUGAACAACAAAAGAAGGAAAUGAAUUAAUUGAUAGUUCAGUCAAAAGGAAACGUAUGAAAAUGUGAAUGAAAACAAUUUGUACUUUCAAUGAGCUGUUAGCAGGUCGUGGCAAAUUAUGGGUCCAUCAGGGAUGCAUCCUACAAUGAUUUUGAAAAAUUAUAAAAUAUGGCUAAAAAGGAAAAAAAAACUAUUCAUUAUUUUUUCGUCAUUUGUUUUAAACUCUAUUGUUGAAGCAUCAUAAUUCUUCAUAUAUGGUAUAUAAAGGGUUCGUCUAGGAAAUAUAUUGAUUGAUUGAAGAAAAUAUAUAGAAAUGCAAAUUGGACAACCUUAAUUCUUAAGGUGAACAUUUGUAAUCAUAUAUUUUUCAAUUUAUUGGUAUUAUUAACUAUAUCAAGGAAAACUUCUUGAACCUUUUAAAAGUUUUAAGAAUCGGGAGUUUAUAUUGAAAUCUGUUAAUAACAAAAUGUUUCAAAACAGUUGCCAUAUAUAGUUUUGAACGUACAGACAGAAUUCAGAAAUUAAAUUCAGUUUGAAAAUACAAGGUUCACAUUGCUGCAUUUAAAAAAAAAAAAAUUAAACUAAGUUCAUAAUCAAAAGUUAAAUUUUAAAUAAAAAUGCAGAUAAGUGAGAAACACUAAAAUGAAAUAACCAGUUGAAGUUUGGUAAGAUAGAUUUUUUAAAGGGGUUUUUAAAAAUUCAAAUAUUCCCUCAAAGGGGAGACUCAGAAUGGGAGACAGUGUGAAUCUUAUGUUACUUUAGCAAAUGUGUUUCACGGACGAAAGAUUUAAAGAACGUUGCUACUUCUGUUUUAUAUUUUGAAAUUAUGAAAUAAAACCAACUUAACUCAAAAA